AUGGCCAACGCUUCGGUCGCUCCCCUCACUCCGCUUCUCGUCUCCACGGCCGCCUCCUCCCCAUCCCUUUCCUCCCCUCCAGAAUCCAUCGCCGUAGUCGCGAGUCCGAGCAAACCCUUAGGCAACAACCACCGCCACUCCGUGCACAAGUACUGCCUCCUGGCUCGACGGAGGCACCUCGUCGCCGGGGUUUCCUUGUCCGCGUUCUUCUGGAAGGAACCUCUCUCUUCGUUGGCCCGUGAGGUGGAGGUGGGUGCCUAUCUGCCGCCCUCCCCCGUCGACCCUUCCUUCGUCGUCUUCGAAGCAACCUCCAAAGACACGCCCGCUCUUCGUGCUGGCAAUGUGCAACCAUACAAAUUUGUUCUCCCACCAACUUGGAAACAAACGCGAGUUGCAAACAUACUCUCAGGAAAUUAUUGCCAACCAAAAUGCGCUGAACCAUGGGUAGAGGUGAAAUUUGAAGAUGAAAAGCAAGGCAAAGUUCAGAUUGUGGCUUCACCGCUAAUUCGACUGACAAACAAGCCCAAUGCUACAAUUGAAGACAUUGGAAGCCCUGAGAAAUUGAUUGCUUCCCUUGGACCUUUUGUCACUGGAAACACAUUUGACCCUGAUGAGUUACUAGAAGCAUCCGUUGAUAAGCUUGGUGAUCAAACAUAUUACAAAUAUGAACUCGAGACUCCAUUUGCUUUGACGGGCUCACAUAAUCUAGCAAAGGCCACUGCCAAAGGAAAUACAGUAAUCUUGUUUGUAGCAAGUGCCAAUGACAAACAAUGGCCAGUUUCUCAGAAGAUUCUCAGAGCAAUGCUCGAGUCCUUUCAAGUAUGA